AUACACUUGAGGGCUAAGGAGCUUAGCGCGUCGCGGUCAGCGCACGUGAGCCCGAAGUGGUUGUUCUUACUUGACCAUCCACACUGCUUUACCGCGCACGCCCAACUCACUAGCCGCGGGCCGCCUGCAAGUAAUCAACAUGAAAAGAGUAAACUCCGUUGCAGCGCUUGUGGCGCUGCUGGCUUUAUCGCUUGGCUCAAGUUCGGACGCAGCAAAAUGCCAGCUCGCAUUUCUGGACUACCACGCUCACACCCUGAGCAGGUACUCAGAUUUCGGCGUGUCCAUUGUCAAGAGCCUGCGCAAGGACUGCGAUGGCCUGGGAAGGGCCUUGAAAACCUGCAUGGCUGACAUGCGAUGCAAGACCGGGAAGUGCUCGCAGAGGUGCAUGCACGCUGCUGCCAAGAUCUCUGACUCGUGCUGGAAGGAGCUGCAGUGCGCGUUUGAGUUCGACCCCAUCCUGGUCGACUACGUCCCUUUCAUCACGUCGAUGACGAGUCGCUGCCUCAAGAACACGCUUCCUAAGUGCCAGGCGCCCCCACCCCCGCCCUUGCCGCCGCCGUCGCCGCGCCCCCCGCCGCCCCCGAGCCCGCCUCCUUCACCGCCGUCGCCCUCGCCGCCGCGGCCUACUCCCGUCGCCCCCACCGAGCUGUCCCGCUUCGGCGCCGCGACCUCCUCCAUCCUGUCCGGCGUCACUGUGCCCGCCACCUAUGCCGUGUAUUGGUCCUCUGGCACCGUGCCCGCGGUCAAGAACGCCAGCGCCCCCGCCGGCAGCCGCGAGCGCUUCGGCAACACCACCGAGCAGGCCAUCAGCAUUUUGGAGCGCAUGAGCACACUGCUGGCAGAGGCGGGCCUGACCCUGGCCGACGCCACCUACCUGCGUGUGUUCCUUGUGGCCGACCCCCACCUCAACAACACAGUCGACUACCAGGGCUGGUUCAACGCCUACGCCCUGUACUUCAGCAAGCCCGGCUCCGUCAAGACAGCCCGGUCCACCAUGGCUGUCACAAGCCUGGUCAACGCCGACUGGCUCAUUGAGAUUGAGCUGUGGGCUGCGUACCCGACCAAGGGAGCCGUGGCCCCCGACGUCGUGUCUGCCGGCGGCCCCGACUCACUGCUGCGCCUGGGCUCCGCCACCUCCUCCAUCCUGUCGGGUGUGUCGGUGCCCACCGGACACGCCUACUACCACUCCUCCGGCACCGUGCCAGCCGCCAAGAACGCCUCGGCGCCACGCGGCAGCCGCGAGCGCUACGGCAACACCACAGAGCAGGCGAUCAGCGUGCUCACCCGCAUUCAGGCACUGCUGCGGGAGCAAGGCCUGGGCAUGCAGGACGCCGUGUAUGUACGCUGCUACCUGGUGGCCGACCCCUUCCUCAACGGAACAGUUGACUUUGCGGGCUGGAACGUCGCCUACGGGCAAUUCUUCAACAUCCCCGGAUCCACCCGGGUCGCCCGCUCCACUCUGGCUGUGGCGGGGCUGGUGGAUGCAGAGUGGCUCGUGGAGAUCGAGCUGGUGGCAGUCUACCCUGAGCGCCAGCCCCUGGUCUACGUGCCCACCGGCACGCCCGGAGUGCCCUCCGACCUGGUCCGCUACGGCGCCAACGGCACCGGCAACAUCCUGUCCGGCGUCACCGUGCCCGCCGACCGCGCCGUGUAUUGGUCCUCUGGCACCGUGCCCCCCACCGCCAACGCAAGCGCGCCUGUGGGCAGCCGGGAGCGCCUCGGAAACACAACCGUGCAGGCCCUCGGCAUUCUCCGCCGUCUGGCCGAGCUGUCGAAUGAGACCGGCCUCAGCCUGGCUGAUGCCGUGUUCAUGCGCGUCUACCUCACUCCCGACCCCUUCCUCAACAACACAGUCGACUACCAGGGCUGGUUCAACGCCUACGCACAGGUUAUGAGCCUUCCCGGGGUGACGCCCAAGGUCGCGCGCUCCACCAUGGGGGUGCCCACGCUGGUCAACCGCGAUUGGCUGAUCGAGAUCGAGCUGGUGUCGGUGUUCCCGAAGGAGGGAAGCCCACCAAGGUCACCCCCGCCCCCGCCGAGCCCGUCCCCGCUCCCGCCCUCUCCUAUGCCUCCACCAUCACCGUCCCCGCCACGCCCCACGCCCGUCGCCCCCACCGAGCUGUCCCGCUUCGGCGCCGCCACCUCCUCCAUCCUGUCCGGCGUCACUGUGCCCGCCACCUAUGCCGUGUAUUGGUCCUCUGGCACCGUGCCCGCGGUCAAGAACGCCAGCGCCCCCGCUGGCAGCCGCGAACGCUUCGGCAACACCACCGAGCAGGCGAUCAGCAUUCUGGAGCGCAUGAGCACACUGCUGGCAGAAGCGGGCCUGACCCUGGCCGACGCCACCUACCUGCGUGUGUUCCUUGUGGCCGACCCCCACCUCAACUACACAGUGGACUACCAGGGCUGGUUCAACGCCUACGCCCUGUACUUCAACAAGCCCGGCUCCGUCAAGACAGCUCGCUCCACCAUGGCUGUCACAAGCCUGGUCAACGCCGACUGGCUCAUUGAGAUUGAGCUGUGGGCUGCGUACCCGACCAAGGGAGCCGUGGCCCCCGACGUCGUGUCCACGUCCGGCGGCCCCGACUCGCUGCUGCGCCUGGGCUCCGCCACCUCCUCCAUCCUGUCGGGAGUGUCGGUGCCCACCGGACACGCCUACUACCACUCCUCCGGCACCGUGCCAGCCGCCAAGAACGCCUCGGCGCCACGCGGCAGCCGCGAGCGCUACGGCAACACCACAGAGCAGGCGAUCAGCGUGCUCACCCGCAUCCAGGCACUGCUGCGGGAGCAAGGCCUGGGCAUGCAAGAUGCCGUGUAUGUGCGCUGCUACCUAGUGGCAGACCCCUUCCUCAACGGAACAGUUGACUUUGCCGGCUGGAACGUCGCCUACGCGCAGUUCUUCAACAUCCCCGGAUCCACCCGGGUCGCCCGCUCCACUCUGGCUGUGGCGGGGCUGGUGGACGCAGAGUGGCUCGUGGAGAUCGAGCUGGUGGCAGUCUACCCUGAGCGCCAGCCCCUGGUCUACGUGCCCACCGGCACGCCUGGAGUCCCCUCCGACCUGGUCCGCUACGGCGCCAACGGCACCGGCAACAUCCUGUCCGGCGUCACCGUGCCCGCCGACCGCGCCGUGUAUUGGUCCUCUGGCACCGUGCCCCCCACCGCCAACGCAAGCGCGCCUGUGGGCAGCCGGGAGCGCCUCGGAAACACAACGGUGCAGGCCCUCGGCAUUCUCCGCCGUCUGGCCGAGCUGUCAAAUGAGACCGGCCUCAGCCUGGCUGAUGCGGUGUUCAUGCGCGUCUACCUCACUCCCGACCCCUUCCUCAACAACACAGUCGAUUACCAGGGCUGGUUCAACGCCUACGCACAGGUUAUGAGCCUUCCCGGGUUGACGCCCAAGGUCGCGCGCUCCACCAUGGGGGUGCCCACGCUGGUCAACCGCGAUUGGCUGAUCGAGAUCGAGCUGGUGUCGCUUUACCCGAAGGAGGCUGGCCCCGCCGCCGGUCAUCGUCGCCACCAGCUCCUGUAAUGCAGCGAACAAAGAGGAGGAGACGGACCGUAAAUGCUUUCUAAGUACUGCAGGAGACGAAGCAUACCGGCGCUAGUUUCACCCCGCACGUUUUGUGGACUGAGCAUUAUUUCCUCCGUUUGCCAGCUGCUUCGAACUUGGCCCUUUUGGCUGAUUGGCCAUCUCUUCCAAUGCACAAGUGCCUUUCUAACCACGUUUACCUUAUUAUCAUAUAUAUACGGGCCGGCAAGAAUACCGUAUGAUUACUCAUGUGUACUUUGCGUUUUCCGUUCGUACAGUACGUGAGAUACGCCACUGAGCAGGAGUUCCCCUGCCCCUGAUGGCAUAGGGUACCUUUGUUGUAUGCGAUGUUCGAGAGAUGAAGCAAGUGCAUCAGGCCCACGGCCCCCGGACUGUGUGUAUACGGAAUGAGAAAGAAAGCAGGAAACACGGAGCGCGCGCUGUGAUUUGGUAUGGGCCUGGCCCAUUUUUCUGUGGGUCCGCCCCGCCCUGCCCUGCCCUGCCCUGUCCGGAUUUGCGGGGACAGGGAGACACGCCACACAUCGCUUCCCAGCGUUCCAGGGGGGGGGCGAAGCCCCCCAGGGACACCCCGGCCGACCAAGCUGCAGCGGCCGCCAUGGCCGCCGGCGGCGGCGGGGCCGGGCUGAGAGCCUGAACGGCGCUAGCAGGGCGUGGGGCUGAGGGUGCACGUGUUGAUUGGCGGCGAGUGACGUGACUAGUUUGUUAGUUGCGGGUUAGCACGGACUGUGCACCCCACCCAACCGGCCAUGUCCGGAUUUGCGGGGAUGCCAAAGGCCCCCAACAUAGAGGCGUGUGCUUAGUAGGCGCCCGCGUCAAGGUGGCUGGGUUGAUAACGACCCGGGAUCAGCCCGUUUCCUGCCAUAAGGCAGCCACCUCCUUGUUCUGUGGAGAGGAUAAUGUCUUGAUUUACACGAGUGGCCGCCCCAGUUGCCCCUCAUGCCGGGUGCAGUCCACCUCAGAAAGGCGUGUCAUUUCUUUUGCAUGCUUUUGACCAAGCACACCUCCAACACGCUAAAUAUUUUGUAACUGUUAUUAUAUGAAUCAACGGCAGCAGCCAGUGCAAGUUUCGAGCUAACAUUAUGGCACACACGCACUCCAAAAGACACCGGAGGUCCGGACUCGCCAGCCGCAUCCCGCAACGCCCCGAACUGGGCAUUACCACACCAGCCCACCUCAUGCAAUGAGUGCCGCCUUCGCACAUGCACGAAAACCCUACAUGACUUCGUGACUACCGAUCAGUGCGCCACAUCUUUGUAACAUACGAUGUAUGGAUGAAUGCACUUGUCAAUACGCCAUCGCCGGUGGUCAACUCCACCGCACUGUGGAGCACCCAGUAGAACCUGUAGGCACAAUCACCAUGUCGUGCUGCGCCGGCCAACUAAAGCGACACCGGUUGCGGCCGUACAUUCACACAGUGCCCGCUGCGCCGGCCAACUAAAGCGACACCGGUUGCGGCCGUACAUUCACACAGUGCCCGCCACCAGUUUCCGCUCUCCCUCAACCCCAUGCAGCACAUGCACGUAGCACGCUAGGAAUGCACGGAAACUGCAUGGGUGGUGCAUGGUGCAUCGCAACAGGAAACGUUGGGGGUUGUUCUUGC